AUGGCGUCGAUGGCGGGCACCAUCACAGCAGGCUCGUGCGAGAUGGACCUCUUCGGCUGCACGAUCGUGGGCACGCUCACAGCCAUCGGAGGCGGCACGAUCCGCGACAUCAUCCUCGGCCGCACCGUCUACUGGCUGACCGACACGUCGCACCUCACCAUCGCGCUCGCCGUCUCGGUCGCCAUCUUCCUCACCUGGCCCGCCCUCGUCUCGCUCGGGCUGCGAGACUCGCACCUGGCCUUCCUGUGGAGCGACGCGCUCGGCAUGCAGCACAUUGGCGACAAGUACUACGCCGCCGCGGAGCCGACGUCGCCGGUCCCGCUCCCCGCCGGGGCGGAGUACUUUGUGCCGUGGCUCUUUUGCCUGCUGCUGCGCGCCGCCGCCUGGACCUUCCGGCUCGCGCUGCCCCACUGGGCCCGCAAGCGGCAGUCCAUCUUCGACUUGCGCGGCGCGCCUCCCCCGCUCGAGGCGCAGCCCUCUCCGCGCCCCAUCGCCCCAUCGCUUUUCCCGCGCGCCGUGCCAUGGACAGGCUCGCUCUCGCUCGAGCCGCAGAAGCCGCAGUUCCAGGUGGGCCGGCUGCUGCUCGGGCCGAAGCAGAGGCGCCGCUUUGGCCUGCCGCAGCUGCUGGUGCCUAAGGGGCGGCGGGGGCGGCGGAAGGUGCCGCCGCCGGCCGACGAGUUCGACUAG